UGAUUGGACAGAAACUUCAGCCGAGGCCGGUGUAAUCAGAUCCGGCCCGCUGAACUGGGGUUACUUCUUCCUGUGACGAAAGCUCUGUAACUGAAACGGCUGUUCGCAUCGCACAGGCUGUCUGCCGCACAGCCGCUGUUAAAAGCCGUAUAGGUCGACAAGAGGGCUUUAUCUGAGGGGGGGAAAAAAUAAACAAAAUAGAGAGCGAGACAUCGGAAAACGUUGUUGUUUUUUUGCGUCCGUAUGUCGUAAAAGUGAAUCCUGAACCGGCUAACCGUUACUGCUAGCUAACUGGCAGUGUCAGCUAACGUUAGUGUAUAAGCUUUAAUAAACAGCCAGAGAUAAUUGCAACAAUUUUAACCUCGCAGUUGUCCGCGUUUGAUAGAGCAUUACACCUCAAGGCGUCCGAGACUUUCUGUCGAUAAGCGGCAACCAGCAACAUUGUCCUCGGGAAGCUGAAGUGCGGUGAUGGACUUCGUUGCAGGAUGCAUCGGAGGUGCUGCUGGAGUCUUGGUUGGACACCCGUUUGACACAGUGAAGGUUAGACUCCAGGUCCAGAGUGUGGAUAAGCCCCUGUAUCGAGGAACUUUCCACUGCUUCCAGUCCAUCAUAAAACAGGAGUCGGUGACGGGUUUGUAUAAAGGCAUCGGAUCUCCCAUGAUGGGCCUGACAUUCAUCAAUGCUAUAGUGUUUGGUGUCCAAGGCAACACCAUGCGCCUGCUCGGCCAGGACACCCCCACAAACCAGUUUGUAGCGGGCGCCGCUGCGGGCGCCAUCCAGUGCGUCAUCUGCUGCCCCAUGGAGCUGGCCAAAACCCGCAUGCAGCUGCAGGGCACCGGCGAGAAGAAGUCUUCCCGGCGGCUCUACAAGAACUCCCUGGACUGUUUGGUGCGCAUCUACCGCCGGGAGGGCCUGUGGGGCGUCAACCGCGGAAUGCUCACCACCCUCAUCCGCGAAACGCCGGGCUUCGGCGUGUAUUUCUUGGCCUACGACGUGCUGACGCGAAGCCUGGGCUGCGAGCCCGACGAGCGCUACAUGAUCCCCAAGCUGCUGUUUGCCGGCGGCAUGGCGGGCAUCGCCUCGUGGCUCUCCACCUAUCCCGUGGACGUGAUCAAAUCCCGACUGCAAGCGGACGGCGUGGGCGGGGUCAACCAGUACAGCAGCAUCGCGGACUGCGUGCGUCAGAGCGUGAGGAGGGAGGGCUACAUGGUGUUCACGCGGGGCCUCACCUCCACGCUGCUGCGGGCCUUCCCCGUGAACGCCGCCACCUUCGCCACCGUCACCCUCGUCCUGAUGUACGCCCGCAGGGCGGAGGAAGGCCCUAAAGACUGCGAGCCGGCUCCGCCCGACCACCGCGCGCAGAGACAGCAGCAGCCUUCCAGCCUGUGACCGCAGAGCCCGCACCCUCAGCCUCGGCACUUUAAAAAAUGCAUGAAGAAACCCUAGAAACGCUCCCUGACUCUGUUACUGUAGAUGAAGCAUUCCCAGCUGUGAGUCAUGGAAUAUCUUGUAUAAAUAAGCACUUGUUUUUAACUCUCUUGGGGGAGAGAAUGUGGGAUGUAUUUAUUUUUGUUAACUUAUGUUUCUUUGUUUGUUUCCUUAAUGUCCAGGGUUACGCACAGGGCAUGACCUCUAAACGAGAUUAGGGCGUUACAUCUGAGAGAUUUGCAGCGUUUAUUCUUAUAAAUCUAUAACUGAAACAAAACCCAUGGCGUCUCUGGGUAGUUUGUACAUGUAGACAGUGGGACGUCCUAUAUCUUUAUCUAUUUAACAUAUCUUGAUGUGUGGGUUGAUAUGCAUCUAUAAUACCAAUAAUUUUAUUGUUUGUCUUUCUGUAUCUGGAAACAUUUUCCUGCCUUAUUUUGUGUUUUUUAUCUCGUCCAAUGAUGCGAAGGCGCUGCUCAAGGUUUACAUGAGCUCUAUCCUCCGAGGAGUCCAGAGAGGAACCGUAGCAAAUAAUAAAUGUGCAGAACCUGUUUUUGUGUAAUAUUGGAGCUCCAGUAUCAUCAUCAUUACAGUAGUAUCCACUGUAGAGAAAAAAGCCCCGCCUGGUAUGAAUGUAUUAAUAUGUGAAUUCAUACUAUAGAUGUUUUUCAUUUCCUACCAGACAAUGUAAUUUUUUUUUUUUUUUUUUUUUUUUUUUAACUGUAAUUCUGCUGCUGAAGGUGAAGUUUAGAUGUGAAGUUUUAGAGCAAUACUGUCUGUUUUUUCAUGGUUUAGUUCUGUAGGUUUCCGGUUUGAAAGCUGCACACGUACUUUCCUCCACAGUUAUUGGCGAGCCUGGUAAAGAUGUGCACAAAAGCCUCAAAAGAAACUAUUGUAGACUUUGCUGCGGUGAGCUGAGACUUCAUUAGCUCGCUCACCAUCCUGACAGGAUGAACAUGACUCCUCGUUCAGUUCUGUCACCAUUCCAGUUGUUUUAAACAUUUUAAUCAUUAAGUAGCUAUUUUCUUGUACUUUUCCCCUGACCUAAAGACCAACACAUGG